AUGGCACAUGUGCUCAUUUCACAGCUGUCCUGUGGAGACUUAAACACAAGGAUCCUUGCAAGAGUUUCUAGGUUAUGGGAUUUCUGCGAUCUCAACGGCAGUGGCAAUAUUUUCCACACUGAUCUUGUGCUGCUCGAUCAGAUGGGAAACAGCAUUCACGCUCAGAUUUAUCCACCUGCAAUUGACAGCCUGAGGCCUUUGCUUAAGGAACAAAAGGUUUACUAUAUUGACUCCUUUACUGUGAGGUAUGCGAAUAGGACAUACAGGCCAGUCGACAAUAGCCUAAUGAUUGUGUUCAGUAAAUGGACAACAUUUGAAGAAUACAUUGAGCCCGCUGCUGAUUUCCCUGGCAUAACUUUUUCAUUGACACCAUUCAGUGAUAUCCCCAAUUUAGUGGACAAGACCAUCUUCUAUGUUGAUGUCAUGGGUGUCAUCACUGAGGUUGGUUCGCCAACCGUUGUGCGGCCGAAGUCAAGGAAUGCUGAUAGCUUAAAAAGAACAAUACAGAUAUGUGAUGCAAGCAAUUCAACAAUGCCUGUUACACUCUGGGGAGAAAGGGCUGAUGCUUUUGACGCUAAUAGUGUAUACAAUGCUGGCCAAACUCAGGCCCAAGUUAUUGUCUUUGUUGGGACACUUGUCAAAGAUUACACAGGAUUAGGUCUUACAGUGACUGGUAGUUCGCCGUGCAAAUGGUAUCUAAACCUUGAUAUUCCUGAAGUGCUAGAACUCAAAGAGAGCUUCAGUGCAAACUUUCGUCCAGUCAGCUGGGUUGAUAACCCAGCAACAGGUUACAACCAGGACACUGCAGAGGAAAAAACUAUUCAAGAAAUACUUGCCCUCAAUCCUCACAAGAACAGGAGUACACGUUUCAUUGUCAAUGUCACUGUUAGGAGGAUAUGCAGCGAAAAUUCCUGGUGGUACAAUUCAUGCCGAUUAUGCUAUAGAACUUCUAAGCCAUACGGUUCUAGCUACAAAUGCUCAAGCUGUUCUAACAUAGGAAUACCAGAUCCAAGAUAUAAAGUAGUGCUCAUCGCCGGUGAUGCCAGCUCCAAUGCUACAUUUAUCCUUUUUGGAAGAGUUGCACACCGCCUCAUAAAAAAAUCAGUGGAAUCUCUGAUUGAGGACAAUCCACCAGAUAGUGAUUACAUUCCAGCUGAGAUCGCAGCGCUUGUUGAUAGCACAUUUACAUGGAAUGUCAGCUUUACACGUGAUACUGUCAAAAGAAGCCAAGAAUCUCUCCAGGUUAACAGCAUUGUUUCCUCUGGCCCUUCAAAUGAGCCACUGCUGCUUAUGCCACCGGGUUCUUCCCAGGAACCAUCAGCUAUUGCAUCCGCAAGCUCCAGCAGUUCUGUCCAAACAGGGCCCCAGCAAAGCCAAACAAGCUCUGAAUCACAACAGCUCGUCCAGCAAGGGCACAGCACUUCAACCCCAACAAAGUCACCUAUUGGUACUCCCACACAGAGCACACCAACCAGCAAACCAAGUUCUUCAACACCAGGGAAAAAAAACAUCGUUGUUUCAAUGUGCCACAUGCAGCCUCUUAGCACCAAUGUUGACACUGCUAUUAAGGAUGAGGUCAAACAUCCAGAGCAUGCUCCUGAAACAACUGUUGUCACUAAUUCUCCUGAGUCCAAGGCAAAACAAACAGCUAAACAUGCAGAGGACAUUCCGCAAACAGCCGCAACAUCAGCUACUACAGCCACAGCCAAGAAAAGGGAAAAACCUGCGCUCCUACAUCCAAGUGCUAAGAAGCUCUUCAAGGAUGUUCCUUAG